CGUCACUGCAAUGACGCAACAAACUGUCAUCUCGCGAGACGCAGCGCAGUUUUCACAGGCAGUAGUGUGGUGGUGUGGUGUGUGCGCGAUAGAGACAAGGAAAGAUGGCGACGCAGGAGAGCGAAGCGGAUAAAGAUACCGUGAGCAACGGCGAGGUGAGCAGCAAUGGGACUGUUGCAACACAAGAUGGCCAGGCUGUGCAGGUUGCUGAAAAUGCACAGGAUCCUCAGGAGCAGCAACCGCAGCCGCAACCACCACCUAAUGCAUGGCAGGUCAUUAAAGGAGUGCUCUUCAGAAUCUUUAUAAUCUGGGCGAUCAGCAGCUGGUUCCGUCGAGGGCCGUCCACUCCAGACCCCAACACGCCAGCCGGGGCACCCAGAGUACCCAGCAGGAACCUGUUCCCCAAGGACACCCUCAUGGACCUGUACGUGUACUUGUCCCCGGACGAGGUGUUCACUGACUUCAACAACACAGAAGCCCUUUUCUGGUUCCACAGGGACCUGGUCUAUGGAGACUGGAACAUCGGGGAGAACGGGGACGGCUGUUACGAGCACCAUAAGGAGUUGGAAAUCCCAGAGUAUUUGCAGCAGAACGGUUCCUUAUACAUGCACGUCUACUUCACUAAAAGUGGAUUCCAUCCAGACCCCAAACGCAAGGGGCAGUAUCGCAGACUGGCAACGGUUCAUUCAACACGAAUGCUGAAUAAAUUUAAGCGAAGAAAGUUUAUGAAGACCAAGAAUCUGCUAACGGGAGAGACGGAAGCAGAUCCCGAAGUGAUCAAGCGAGCGGAGAGCCAUGGUCCAGUGGAGAUUAUCUCUCAUUGGCACCCCAACCUCACCAUCAACAUGGUGGAUGACCACACCGCCUGGGUCAAGGGCUCUGUUCCCCCUCCUCUAGAUCAACAUGUUAAGUUUGAUGCUGUAAGUGGCGACUACUAUCCCAUUGUGUACUUCAAUGACUACUGGAACCUUCAGAAGGACCACUAUCCCAUCAACGAUACCCUGACAACACUCCCACUGCGCCUCUCCUACUGCCCCCUGUCCUUGUGGCGUUGGCAGCUGUACGCUGCCCAAAAUGCACGUUCACCGUGGAACUUUCUACCCGAGGACACCUAUGACCAGUCUGAUGAAGACCAAGACUCUGUCAAGGUGGCCCUUUUGGAAACCAACCCGUACCUGCUGGGACUCACCAUUGUUGUCUCCAUUGUGCACAGCAUCUUUGAGUUUCUUGCCUUCAAGAAUGAUAUCCAGUUCUGGAACAGCAGACAGUCUCUCGAAGGCCUCUCCGUGCGCUCCAUCAUAUUUGGAGUCUUUCAGUCUCUGGUGGUGCUACUGUACAUCCUGGACAACGAAACUAACUUUGUGGUGCAGGUCAGCGUCUUCAUCGGCCUUCUUAUUGACCUGUGGAAAAUCACCAAGGUCAUGGACGUCAAAUUGGACAAAGAGAACAAAAUCGCAGGAGUGUUGCCGAGAUUGGUAUUCAAAGACAAGUCGACAUAUGUGAAGUCUUCAACCAAAAUCUAUGACGAUAUGGCCUUCAAGUACCUGUCGUGGCUGCUCUACCCUCUGUUUGGCUGCUAUGCGAUCUACAGUUUAUUGUACGUAGAGCACAAAGGCUGGUACUCAUGGGUACUCAGCAUGCUGUAUGGCUUCUUGUUAACUUUUGGUUUCAUUACAAUGACGCCGCAGCUAUUCAUCAACUACAAAAUGAAGUCUGUGGCCCACCUCCCAUGGAGGAUGCUCACCUACAAGGCUCUCAACACCUUUAUUGAUGACCUGUUUGCCUUCGUCAUCAAGAUGCCCAUGAUGUACAGGAUAGGAUGCCUCAGAGAUGACGUGGUGUUCUUCGUCUACCUUUACCAGCGCUGGAUCUAUCGGGUUGAUCCCAACAGGUUCAACGAGUUUGGCACCAGUGGAGUGGAAAAGCCCAAGGACACCCAGGACACCCAGGACACCCAGGACAUCUUGGCAGUGGCAGCCACAGCUCCUGACGCAGCCGCAGCUCCUGACGCAGCCGCUGCUCCUGAAGCAGCCGCAGCUCCUGACUCAGACGCUGCUCCUGACGCAGCCACCGCCAUCACAGACAAACCAGAGGGGGAGAAGAAGAACGAUUGAGCAAGACAACACCCUUAUCUGCCUCCCUGGUUCUCACCGCUGCAGCGAAGAGGACUUGUGGAAGUUAGGCAGGAAGUGGAAUCGUCGUUUAGCAUUCAUGGACGCCACUACAAAAAAAUGCAGUUCAACUGUUCCCUCUGAUUUCUGUGUGGAUCCACAGAGAAAUCAUAUUCAGUGUAGACUUGGUAAAUUCUUAUUUCUGUUCCCCGCCCUCUCGUUUUGCAGUUCAAGUGAAGUAAAACAAAACGUGAUGUACUGUAUUCUGUAUGAUUUUUCAGAGGGUAACUAUGUCUUGGCGUAGAGGUUUGGAAGGGAACUGGUCGCAGUUACAUUUUCUUUUUAUACAGGGGGGGAAAAAGAGGCUAAGUGCAGCUUUUUUUCUUUGUGUAGGUCCUUGUGAAUUUUUCUUUUCAUUCCAUGUGAGCACCGUGUUUCAAAUUGCCUGGAAACUGGUGAGUAGUGCUGGAGGGAACUGGAGAGAUCCUGAGACACGAAGGAGGUUAAAAAAGAGAGGUGGUGACUGGAGACGAGAUGGACGACCCUACAGGACACUACCCACAAGACGGCGACUACUACCCUCAAUUUUAAACAACUGGUUAAUGUUCUGAGCUUGAACAUAAAAAAAAAUAACAGCCUUGUUGGUAUUAAUAUAAAUAUAUUAAUAUUGUCAAUGACUUAAUUUUUGUUUUUUAGUCACUGAAACAUUCUUUUUGUAUGUCCUCAAACUGUACAGAAUCUCAGCUUGUCAUGUUAAUAAUACCGUUGUCAAAUCUGUCUAACAAUAGCUAAUUAGCAAGUGUAAUUUUAAUUUUACCCCUCAGCCGGACGUCUGAUUUGUUUCACGCUCCAAACAACAUCACCUUGACAAACACGGUGAGACAGUCAGGUGUGUGCUGUAAGAAUUACAGUGUCUCUCCUUUUUAAUUUUGAGUGCUGUAAAUCCUGAAACGAAGAGGGUUCCAUGUUCGUACAUAUUAAAUUUUGAUUCAUUCAUGUUUAUAGUAAAACUCGAGUGUGAUUUAAAAUGUC